AUUCUCCACUUGUUUCUUGAAAAAGUUCAUUGUUUUUUUCUCUUAUUGUAGCUAUGGCAGCAACAAUUUGUACUCAAAAAGAACUGAAUCCUAAUGCACAAGAGUUUAAAACAACUUCUAAUGAAAAAGAUGUAGUCCCUUUUCUUCCACAAGGCAAUGAACUUGUUUAUCAGCCAUCAGUAGUGCCAUUUCAUGUUUCACAGCCUCAAUAUCACCACUUAGGGUAUUACUACUACUGUCAACAAAAUGUUCCCUUUUAUUGGAUUCACAAAGAUUUUCAUCAUCAACAACUACUUAUUGAAAAAACACCUCAUAAUCAGUGUUUUCUUGAUAAAGGUGAGAUCUUUAGUAAUGGGGUGAAGAAGAAUUGGAUUUGGGUUGAAAAAACACAUCAAUAUCAAUCUUUUGUUGAUAAAGAUGAGAUCUUUAGUGUUGGCAUGAAGAAAAGUUGGAAAAAUAAGAAACCCUUUUUGCCACCUAGGUUGAUGAGGGCUACUGAAAGUGCUUGGAAGCCAAAAGGAUAUUUUACGAGGAAAACACAUCAAGAAACUGGUUCCUCCAUGUCUCCAUGCAAAUCUCCUCCUCUCUUUUUCAGUAGUAACAAAACUACUGUGAUGAUAAGAAACAUACCCAAUCAAUUCAGGAGAGAACCAUUCAUGCUUUUUGUUGAUCAUUACUGCUGUUUGAAUCAUUGGGAGUAUGAUUUCCUCUAUCUGCCAAUUGAUUUUAGGACCAACAACAAUGUGGGCUAUGCUUUUGUCAAUUUCACAUCAGGUUGUGCUGCUUCAGAGAUUAGGAAAGUUCUCAAGUACUUCAAAUGGCAUGGUGUUGAGACUCCCACGGGCGUUUAUUCAUCGAGGAAGAUUUGUGAAGUUUCUUGGGCUCGUAUUCAGGGCAAGGAACAAUUGGUGAAACAUUUCUCGCAGUCAAAGUUUGUAUGUGACACUGAUGAAUAUCUUCCAGUCGUUUUCUCCCCUCCGAGGAACGGUUCAUUUAGGUUGACAACGCCAAUGACGAUUGGCAAACUGGCUGCAGGUCCUUCAGCUCCUUUGCCCAGUGACACGACUAAUUAGAACUUUAGCAGCUGUAUAUAUGUAGCUCGAGUCCUCCAAAAAAUGCUAUACAUCCCAAGCAUUUUUGGACGAGCCGAGCAACAUAGUUUAGCUUAGAAGUGGUUUUAUGUUGUACUGAUCUAUGUCCAGUGUUUUCAUUUUCUCCCUGGGGCUCGAGUUUUUCGAUGAUCUGGGGUGAAAUGGAAACAUUGGAUCUAUCCAUCUAUGUUUUAUGUGUUGGA